UUAGGUAAAACAUAUUACAUAUAAUAUUCUGUGUAAUUACAUUCUGUUUGUUUUCGCUGAUUUAACACAUUUUCCCUGUAUAUGCACGCAUGCAGCGAGCCGUAGAAACAAAGGCGAAACCUGAAAACCACGGAGCCAAUCAGCGACCUGCUAUUUGUUUAGGGCUAUUAAAACUCAAGGCGGUCUUUUCUGUCUGUCCCUCAGUAUGUUCUGAUCUGCCCCUCGCCGUUGUGGGAUUAUUAUCACACAUCGACAGGAUCUGAACGAAUGUGGAAACAUAAAGGCUGCUUUUGCAAAUGAAGUCUUGGCUUUACAUGUUUAGAUAGCAGUUUCUCUCCAAGCCAUCUGUACAGACAUCGCAAUAACGUGUAAGAGGUUUGGGUACCAUAUGAGAACAGUGGAGCUGAUCAUUCAAGCUGUACUGCGGAGUACACCAAGACCAAGGGACACUUUACAAUGCCAGUACUACGAAGUCAGGAGAUUGCCACCAGAUUCAAGGAGAAAUGGAUGAAGCUUCACCCAGAAGACCAAGACAAUGUGAAUGGUGCAGUGCACCUGGAUGACAGUCUCACCAGCCUCCAAUGGCUCCAGGACUUCACCAUAGUCAGUGUCAGUCUAGAAAGCCUACCGGGCUCCACUUGCCAGCCGUACCAGCUGCCUCAGCCCAGCCACCUGCACCCUCAGGGCUCCGACUCCCCCUCCAGUCCACCUGCUGGGGACACUGCAGCCUCCGGCAUGCCUCAGAGUGCAGGCAGCCCCAUCACCUCCAGUGCCUCAGCCAACAGGACUAGUUACUACUCACUUCAACCGACAGUGACCAACAACCACCACCAGAUCACUGUGCCAGCCAAGUCCCUGGAGGAGGUAGACUUCAAUACCAACCACGAGGUGAAGCCUCCCUACUCCUACGCCACACUGAUCUGCAUGGCCAUGCAGGCCGGCAAGAAGAACAAGAUCACACUGUCUGCUAUCUAUAACUGGAUCACAGAGAACUUCUGCUACUACAGAUACGCUGAGACCAGCUGGCAGAACUCUAUCCGUCAUAACCUGUCACUCAACAAGUGCUUCAUGAAGGUUCCCAGGCAGAAGAAUGAACCAGGAAAAGGGGGAUUCUGGCAGAUUGACCCUCAGUACGCAGACAUGUUUGUCAAUGGAGUCUUCAAGCGCAAGCGGAUGUCAGCCAUCCAUUUCAACACCCAGAGACACAACAAAACCCAAGGAUCAUCCCGUAACCGAAAAACCCAGGAGUACCACCAGCAUUUCCCCCCGGCCCACUACACAGUGUCCCACAGAGGAGCAGGUGCUGGGAACAGAUGCAAACUUGGUGGCACAAAGUGGGAGACAGUCCAUAAGUCACCACGGUUGACACCGGAUCUCAUGGAACCAGAGGCACUAAAGGGUGAACUAGACUGGGCCAUGGUGUUUGACGAUGUUCUGAAUGGGAGCAGCAAUAACUUUGAGGAUCUAGACAUUAACUUAGCUCUGAACUCCCUGGGCUGUAAGGUGGAGCUCUCCCAGCAGGAUCAAGGCCGGGCCUGGCACCUGGGGAGGUGGUGCAGCGGAGGGGCUGACCGGGACCACCAGCAGGCCUGCAGGUACAUGGAGGUGACCACCAUGGGCUGCUACAGCAUGGAGGAGAUCCAGCAACACCUCAACCUGACUGGGCUGCAGCAGCCGCUCCCUUUGGCGGUCCACCCACAGCACUUUGAGGAGCCGACACUGUUUCCUGAUGAGCAGCAGAGGCACCCCUGGGAGGAGCUGAAAGAGGAGGUGCAGGAAGUGCCUAUCACCCUGGACCAUAGUCUCAGCUUCUGUGAAGGCUUCUUCACUGAGAUGCAGCCAUGGGGGACGGCAGAGUCUUAUAUGUGACACCCUCACCCAGCACCAGCCCCAAUACUGAACAAGCAGUCCAGCAGGAGGCCAGAGGACCAAUAGACUACUGUUUUGCUACAUUAGCAUUAUGGAUUUAUCCGGAGAAACAUCUAAGUCACAUUUACUGUGUUUUUUAAUGUGCAUUUUCUAUUUGUUUUGUGAUUGUUUGCAUCUAUGAAACAAACAUGCUGUUUUUCUUGUAGUAUUGAAUGUCUGUUAUAGAACAAAACAAAUCUAUCCUAAUUAGCAACCACUUCGUUUUACAUGAAGGGUUUUAUUCCAAAAAAUCUUUACACUACUUGUCAAAAGUUUUAGAACACCU